GGCGGGAGUGGAGUGUGGCGGGCGACGGACGCUUGAGAGAGUUGUUGUGUAUCCUCCUUUCAAUUUGGUUCCAGUCAUUUUAGAGUUUCGAGUACAAUGUCUAGCAACAUGAAAGAGCUGCAACUGCCCAUAUCAAGAGUCAAAACCAUAAUGAAGAGCUCACCAGAUGUAGAUUCUGUUCCUCAAGACUCUUUGGCUGUUGUUACUCGAGCGACGGAGCUGUUUAUUCAAACCUUGGCCAAAGAAGCUUUAAAAAGUGGUGAUGGAUCUAAGCUUGAAUAUUCUGAUGUUGCAAAAGUAGUCCAAGCCAAAAGCAAUUUAUUUUUCCUAAGAGAAAUCAUUCCUAAAAAGAUAACUGUUAGAGAAUAUAAAGAAAUUAUGAAAAGAGAAGGCAUAACUGAUAAUAUAUCCAGCUCAGAAUCAAGUGAAGGAGAGGAUGAUGAAGGUGCUGAAGAGGAGGAAGAGGAGGAUGACGACAACGAAGGAGAGGAUGGAGUAGAUGAGGAAGACGAUGAAGAAGAUGGUGGAGAGGAUGAGGAGGAGGAGGAGGAUGAUGAUGAUGACGAAGAGGAGGAGGAAGAUGAAGAGGAUGCUCAAAGGUGAUGUUGACUUCACCAUAGUAAUUUUAAAUUUGUGCCUUGGAAAACAACGUUUUUGAAUAAUAAAUUACUUGUAUUCUAAAUACAAAA